CCUGGCUUCUUGGUGAGGAGCUGUCUGUCUCUCUUGCUGCUGCCGCCGCUGGCGCCUUGUUGCAAGGCUCUGCGUCGCUUCCUUCUCCUUCCUUCCUUCGGAGGCAUCCCAAGAUGAGCGAACUGAGGCAGAGAACGGGCCGAGAGGCCGAAGGGGGGCAGCAGCAGCAGCAGCAGCAGGACUCCCGGGAGGCGAAGGAUUCAGAGCUGGAGAGCAAGGUGGACGGCGAAACCGCUUCCGACAGCGAGGGCAAGUCCGAAGUGGCUCCGGCCGCCCCAGUAGACGACACUCCGGAGGUCCUGAACAGGGCCCUGUCCAACCUGUCCUCAAGAUGGAAGAACUGGUGGGUGAGAGGCAUCCUGACGUUGGCCAUGAUCGUCUUUUUCUUCAUCAUCAUCUACUUGGGACCCAUGGUGUUGAUGAUGAUUGUGAUGUGCGUCCAGAUCAAGUGUUUCCAUGAGAUCAUCACCAUCGGCUACAACGUUUACCAUUCUUACGAACUGCCCUGGUUCAGGACCCUCAGCUGGUACUUCCUUCUCUGUGUGAACUACUUCUUCUACGGCGAAACAGCGACAGAUUACUUUUUCACGCUGGUCCAGCGGGAAGAGCCCUUGAGGAUCCUUAGCAAAUACCACCGCUUCAUCUCCUUUGCCCUUUAUUUGACAGGUUUCUGCAUGUUUGUGUUGAGUCUGGUCAAAAAGCAUUAUCGGCUCCAGUUCUACAUGUUUGGCUGGACCCAUGUGACUUUGCUAAUAGUUGUCACCCAGUCGCACCUCAUCAUUCACAACCUCUUUGAAGGAAUGAUCUGGUUUAUUGUUCCUAUUUCCUGUGUCAUCUGCAACGACAUCAUGGCCUACAUGUUUGGGUUCUUCUUUGGACGCACCCCAUUGAUUAAGCUGUCCCCCAAGAAGACCUGGGAAGGUUUCAUUGGAGGCUUCUUUGCCACCGUGGUUUUUGGCCUCCUGCUCUCCUACGUCAUGUCCGGAUACAGAUGCUUCGUGUGCCCCGUGGAGUUCAACAACGACAGCAACAGCUUCACUGUGGACUGUGAGCCUUCUGAGCUUUUUCAGCUUCAGGAAUAUAAUAUUCCACUAGUGCUUCAGUCUGUCAUUGGCUGGAAAACAGUCCGGAUGUAUCCCUUCCAGAUUCACAGCAUUGCGCUCUCCACUUUUGCAUCUCUCAUUGGUCCCUUCGGAGGAUUUUUUGCCAGCGGAUUUAAAAGGGCUUUCAAAAUCAAGGACUUUGCCAACACCAUCCCGGGGCAUGGCGGCAUCAUGGACCGGUUUGACUGUCAGUACUUGAUGGCCACCUUUGUGAACGUCUACAUCGCCAGCUUCAUCAGGGGUCCCAACCCAAGCAAACUCAUCCAGCAGCUGCUGACCCUGCGGCCAGAUCAGCAGCUGAACAUCUUCAACACGUUAAAAGCGCACCUGGUGGACAAGGGGGUGUUGUCCGGUCCGGAGGAGGCGUAGGAGCCGUCGAAGGCUGGCGUCAGGAUAGGACUGAGCAAGGGCAAGCCUCCCGGACCCUCUUUCAACCACCUGAUCCCACCCCACCUCUCCCAGCAAAUCUUCUCUUAGCUUGCCUGAUUUAGGAUGGUAACAAGCCUCCCUCACCUCCGUCUUCUCCAUUCAAAAGGUUUGCCCUCUUAAAAAUAUGUUAUCUGUAUGGCUGUGGCAUCCAGUGAAACCAUCGAGAGCUCUGAGUUCGGAAGGAACUGUGGCGUGGAGGAAAGAAACCUGGUUGCAUCCUCUCCAACCUCCGCUGAAGAUCUGAGAGUUGGUUUUUCUGUUCCAGCCUCUCAUUGUGUGGAUAGAGCUGCAUGUGUCUCAUCCUUCUUUCUCUUGGUAGCAUCGGUGGAGGAGGAAGAGGAGGAGAACAUAGAGCUAGACCUAUUUUGAACUGAGUCUCUGUAGUGCAGGUCUGUGAAACAAUGCGCCCCAUUUUCCACCAGCCCAGCUUCACCUUCACUGUGUGGCAAAUGCGGAGCAAAAUUUCAUUUGACGGAGUGGCUGUACUGGGUCAUGGCGUUCAAGGCCAGGUCCCUAUUUGCCUCUGUCGGAGCAUCAUUCUCCUUGUGCAUGGUUGCUGAAGAGGUCCAGGAGAGUGACAGCUGUCAAUCAGCUACAAGAGAGUUCUCCCUGCUGAUCCCCACAGUGCAACACUGGCAAAAGUACUUAGGAUGGUUUAACCUUCAGCUAUGUCAGCAGAGUUUAUCCAAAGGAUUCCAGACGAGGUGCUUAAAUUUAGUGUCCAGCUCACUAUGAAAGGGGGUUCCUUCUGCUUGCAUCCUUGUGUAUUGCACAACUUACCUGGCCAUAGGAUGUAGUGUCCUUCAGCCUUUUUGCCAUUUAUCAGUCUUUGGCAUUAAGUGCAUUCCCAUACAUGUUAAGGGACAGCUGGGUUGUUCUGUUGCUUGCUUACUCGCUUUCCUUCCUGGUUGUGUAAGCAGUUGGCCCAAAGUCUGCAAAGGAAAAUGGGAGCCAGGAUUCUUCACUUCUGGGUCAGCUGGAUUGCUGGGAAUCAGGACUUGCAAGGAGUAGCAGAACUCCCUGCAAUCCUUGCAAGAGAAAGGUGGGUCCUGUAGUUUUGUCUCCAAGCAUCUGCUCUGACACCAUUCUCUGACAAUAUUCCAGGCAGACAAAGAUAGAAUUUGCUCUCUGCUCCAACCCAGAGGGAAAUGCAUGCAUCCCGUCUGCUCUCUUUGUGGAUCACUGAAAUGCAGGAAGCUAAGAGGAUAUGAAGCACAAUUGUUGCUUGCUGUUGGGUUUUGUUUUUCUUUUAGUUUUGAAAGGCCUAGAGGAAAGAAGACAGGGACACCUUACCAGGUAUUUGUAUUACACUCUCUUCCCAAAUAAUAAAACAUCCCACCAUUUUUGGAACGAGGGAGGCGAUUUUGGAAUGGGGAAUUUCCAUUGGUCUGAAUGUCUUGGUAUGUAAAAUGUAUUUUGGGCCUCUUCCUCUGGGUUCAACUCCAUCCUGCAAUGAUUGACUCAAGAUGAGUGCCAAUAUGGGGGGACCUUCUUGCAGGAUGCAUCCCCAAGUAUCACUCACUUUCACGCUACACAGUGCUAGCAUUACCUACAAUUCUGCUCAUGGCUCCAUCCUAUUGAAGACUGAGAUUGGCAGUUCAAGGAGGGGAAGACACCAAUGACUCACUGAACUACAAUCCCAAGAAUUCAAUAGGAUGCAGCCAUGACUGUUGGUAGUAAAACCAUAGUGCUGUAUUUGUGUAGUUGGUUGCAAAAGGGCACCUGGUCUUUGCAACAUGUGGUUAAUGCCAACACAAAGAUGCAAAGCUCUGAAACCUUAUUAGUGAGGCAGAGGAAGGAGUAAAUCAGUCUCACAAGCAGCCAUGCAUUCAAGAGGUGCGCUCCUUUCCCCCCAAAACUCAGCUGGUGCACUGGUUUUGUUACUGUUGUGUUGGAGUUGUUUGUUUUGUUUUUCAUUUCAGUAUGACGUUUCCCUUGCUUUUGGAUAUGUGUGUUCUUCCAUUUCACACAAACCCCACACAAAAAUUGGAGCCAUUGUUAGUCAAUACAAAGAUUUGCAAAAACUGCAAAAAGCCAAGUGGGCCCGAAUUAGGGGAAUGUGUGGCAUGAAGGAAUUAAUAUGGCUAAGAGGUGGAUUGUAAUAAGAAUGACAAAAACACGAUGGAGAUAGAGUUGUUGACCUUGUAUAUGCUAAGCCCUAUCUAUUUAAUUUUAUAGCAUUGCUAUAUUUCAUAGGCCUGAAUCCUAUUGACAACCCAACUAAAGUCAGACUCAUUGAGUCAAUGUGAUUUGCAGUUAUGAGUUGACUCACUGUUGAUUUAGUGAGUCUGCCUAAGUUGGGGUUCCCCAAGAGAAUUCGGGUUUUAAUAAGUGAUUUAAGGUCACUUUGACUCAGCUUUAUGACCUGCAAAUGGAUUUUUCUCAUUGCCUAAGACUUUUGAAUAAUUGUCUCAAGAAGUAGCCUUUGAAGCCCAUUAGUUUUGCCCAAUAGUAUUUUCCCCGCAGUGUUUGGAAGGUGACAUUGGUCAUUCAUGGUUGGCAGGUAUUUUCUCAGUCACUGGAUAACUUCAGCUUCACUAUUGAUCAGGAUUAAGAACUAAGAAUUGCUGCCAGAUACCAGAACAUGCAAUUUAUUGAUAAUGUGCAAAAGCCUGGGUUCUGUAUUAUUCAAGCCAAAUACUAGCAUCUCAGGCCUGUUACAGACUGCCAAAAUAAAGCUGCUUGGGGUCUCUUUGGAGGUAUGCUGUUUA